AUGCCUGUUGAGCUGCGCAAGCGCAAGGCCCCGCCGCCGCCGCCGGAGCCGCCCGCCAAGAAGCAGUCCAAGGUCGCAAAAGCUGCCGCCAAGGUUAAGGAGGUCGUCAAGGGAAAGACGUCCAAGGCCGCCGCCGCUGCCGCCAAUGGCGCGGCCGCUCCUAAACCGGCCCCCGCCGCCGCUCCUGCCGGCCCCCCAGCGGCCGGCGAUGUCAUCUCGCUCGAUGGAUUUGGUGGCGAGAUUGAGACCAAUGACGGCGCCAAGACCACGCUGAAGGCCCUCGUUGACGAGAGCAAGGCUGGUGUCGUGCUUUUCACGUAUCCCAAAGCCUCGACUCCCGGAUGCACUAGACAGGCGUGUCUGUUCCGGGACUCGUACACUGAUCUGACCGAGGGCGGGCUCGCCAUCUACGGCCUGUCCAACGACUCGCCCAAGAGCAACACGACCUUCAAGGAGAAGCAGAAGCUGCCUUAUCCGCUGCUGUGCGACACGGCCGCCACCCUCAUCGCCGCCAUCGGCCUCAAGAAGGUCCCCAAGGGCACCACCCGCGGCGUCUUCGUCGUCGACAAGGCCGGCAAGGUCCUCGCCUCGGAAGCCGGCGGCCCCGAACACACUGUGACAGUCGUGCGGGACCUGGUC